AUGUCGUCACAUCCCGCCGCCCUCACCGUGGCCGUCUCGAAGCGCUCGUUGAAGCAGCUGUUGGCCGAUCUUACGUCGUUAUACGUGAGGCACCGCACACGCAUCUCACGGACCGUCUAUGUCGCGCUACUCUUCGCGCUCAUCUCUCGCAUCCGAGGUGCCAUCAAAGAGCAGAAAGCGGCUGCUGCCAGAGCGGCGGAGAACCGGCGGAAAGGCCUAGGGAGAGGAGAUAACAGCAAAAAGAAGGUCGAGCUCAACGCCGAGUUCUUUCGCAACCUUGGCCGCUUGCUCAAAAUAUGCAUACCGUCGUUCAAGAGCAAGGAGGCCCGCCUGUUGCUGAGCCACUCGGUGUUCCUGGUCCUCCGUACGUUGAUCAGCCUAUACGUUGCGGAGCUGGAUGGACGACUCGUCAGCGCUCUCGUGAGAGGCAAGGGCAAAGAAUUCUCGAAAGGUCUUGUUUGGUGGAUGCUGGUAGCAGUGCCCGCCACUUUCACGAAUUCGAUGCUCGCAUAUCACCAGACCAGCCUGAGCCUGGCGUAUCGAUCUCGACUUACGAACCACAUUCACAACCAGUAUCUGGGAAAUAUGACAUUCUAUACGCUGUCGGCUCUGGAUGACAGGAUUAAGAAUGCCGAUCAACUGAUCACUGUGGACGUGACCAAGUUUUCGAACAGCCUGGCAGAGCUCUACUCCAGCUUGUCGAAGCCAGUCCUGGAUCUGGUCAUCUACAAUUGGAGCUUGUCGAGAAGCGUGGGCGGGGAAGGCUUGUUCUCAAUGAGCUUGAUAGUCCAGAUCAGCGCUUCAUUAAUGAGAGCACUCACUCCUCCCUUCGGUCGCUACGUUGCCGAGGAAGCCAGACUGGAGGGGGAAUUUAGAGCACAGCACUCGCGUCUGAUCGACUACAGUGAAGAGAUCGCUUUGUAUGACGGGCAUGAAGCAGAGAAGGAUACGGUCGAUAAAGGAUACUUCACGCUCAUCAAGCACGUGAAUCGAAUCCUUCGCAGGAGACUGUAUCAUGGCAUCAUGGAGGAGUUUGUGGUGAAGUACUUUUGGGGCGCACUUGGUCUACUGCUCUGCUCAGUGCCGGUCUUCUACAAGUUACCUGGUGCUCUACCAGGCGGUACCAGUACAGGAUACAGGACCGAGGCAUUCGUCACCAACAGACGGCUGUUGAUGUCCUCGAGCGAUGCAUUCGGGCGAUUGAUGUUCUCAUACAAGGAGAUAUCGGAGCUUGCUGGCUAUACAUCGCGCGUCAGCAUGUUGCUUGAUGUGAUCAGGGACAUUCAGAGAGGACACUUCGAGAAGGCACUAGUGUCCUCGGCAUCCACGGAAGCGAAUGCGGCUGUUCUGGCUGGUCGAGGUGAGCUGGUAGAAAGCGAGGACAUCAAAUUUGAAGACGUUCCGAUCGUGUCACCCAAUGGUGAUAUCCUGGUCCGGGAACUGUCCUUCCACAUUGGCACUGGUGACCAUUUGCUCAUCGUAGGACCCAAUGGAUGUGGUAAGAGUAGUCUGUUCCGGAUUCUGGGUGGAUUGUGGCCAGUGUACGGCGGCAAAGUACGCAAGCCACCAAGUGAGGACAUUUUCUACAUUCCUCAACGUCCCUACCUGAGCAAAGGUACGCUUCGGCAGCAGGUGCUGUAUCCAGACAACCUGUUGGACAUGCGCGCGAAGGGUGUCACGGACAAAGAUUUGAUCGAAAUCAUGAGGACACUCGGGCUGGACUCUCUACUCGAGCAAGCCAGCCCGAAGGCAUCGAACAUGGACGCAAGCGCAGCUAGUAGUCCCGCGGAUCGCCGCACGGCAAAACAAGCAGAUCGAGGCGUACUUGAUGUGGAGAACGAAUGGGCUGAUGCUUUGAGUACUGGCUUCCAGCAGCGGAUUGCAGCCGCCCGACUAUUCUAUCACAGGCCGAAAUAUGCCAUCCUGGACGAAUGCACCUCAUCGUUGACCCCAGAAGUGGAACGCACCAUGUAUGAUGAGGCGAAACGUCUAGGGAUUACCCUGAUGACCGUAUCACACCGAAGAUCACUCUGGAGAUACCAUGGCUGGAUCCUGCAAUUCGAUGGUCAAGGUGGGUACGUAUUUACCGCCCUGGAUGCCGAGACGAGGCUGCAACUUGAAGAUGAGAAGGACGAGCUUGAUCUGCAGCUCCGAGCUGUACCGGAAUGGGAGGCUCGCAUUGCUGAACUUGAAGCUGGCGAGGGCUGA